CUGAUGACCACAGAACUGCGAAAACAGACUGGUUGACUCACAGCAGCUCUAUCCGGUUUAACUGGAAUAUACUGUUCACAUCUUCAUAAUGAAGCAGAUUUUGGGGGGUCCUCCUCAUAUUUGAAAGUCUAUGAGGCAAAUGAAUAAGAGAGAAUUCACAUUUUUACAGACUUUUUAAGACAUCGUUGAAGAUGGAGACUACUGAGAUGGCUGCCAGAAAAUCUUUCAUUGUGAUGAUUAACAUGAUUGCAUGGAUGAUUUUAAUAACAGCUACUGGAUUAGGAGUGAUCCAUUUUCAUGAGUGCCCUGUCCAGCCAAACCUCCCCAUCUAUGUGACUGUGAUUGGAGUGACCGGUCUGCUUUCACUGUUGGUCAUGUACCUGAGGAACACUUUGGACGACGGUCUGCUGGUUCGCUUCUGCAGUGCCUUCAGCUUUACGCUCUACCUAUUCAUUGUGUGCUGGUUCAUUGCUGGUACCUACUGGAUUUACUCCAUAUAUCCUCCCAACUAUGUUCCCACCAGUACUGGAGACCACUGUCACAAAGCCCUGUAUCUGUUUGCAUUUUGGAUUAACAAUCUAAGCUUUCUUUGUGUGUUCAUACUGUCUCUUUUUGCUUUGUAUACCACUUUGAACGGUAGAAGUAUAUUGUUCACCAACAGAAACCAAUAUGUUAAAAUUUAGCUGCAGACCUGUAGAUAACGUCCAGUAAUGCUCUGAAAAUGUGCUGUAUUAUUUAUACUGGUAUGAGUGAUCUUAUUAUAUACGUUUGUUACAAGAGGUGUCCUCGUAGUUUACAAUGCUUGUAUCAUCAAUAAAGUUCUUGAUGUUUUUUAA